CUGUGUUGUCUAAUGGCUGCAUACACAUUGGCCACGCUUGUCUCUUAAUAAUUAUAUUUUCUUUCACUUUUUUUAACGUUUCCUGGAUUUUUUGCAGCCAUGCCGGGAAGGCAGAGCAACAAACUCCCCAACAACCUGCCGCAGCUUCAGAACCUCAUCAAGAGAGACCCGCAGUCAUAUGUGGAUGAGUUUCUCCAGCAGUACCGACAUUAUCAGUCCAAUGUGGAGAUCUUCAAACUGCAGCCCGACAAAGUCAACAGAGAGCUGUCGGAGCUGGUCGUGUUUCUGUCUCAGGUGGCUCACUGCUACAAGGAGCAGCUUUCUACAUUCCCCAGAGAUCUGUCCCAGUUAUUACUGAGCUACCACACAGUCAUGGAGCCAGAUCUACGAAUGACCUUCUGCAAGGGACUGAUUCUCUUGCGGAAUAAGAAUUUGAUCGACCCCACAGGCCUCCUGGAGCUCUUCUUCGAGCUGCUGCGGUGCCAUGAUAAGCUGCUCAGAAAGACUCUGUACACGCACAUUGUGACAGAUAUAAAAAAUAUCAACGCAAAGCACAAAAACAACAAAGUCAAUACAACCCUGCAGAACUUUAUGUACACAAUGCUGAGAGACAGUAAUCCCAUAGCAGCAAAGAUCUCUUUAGAUGUGAUGAUUGAGCUCUACAAAAGAAACAUAUGGAAUGAUGCCAAAACAGUUAAUGUCAUUACAACAGCAUGCUUCUCCAAGGUCACAAAGAUUCUAGUUGGAGGCCUGAAGUUCUUCCUCGGCACAGAUGAAGAUGAAAAAAACGACAGUGAUUCAGAAUCUGAGAAUGAAGGAACGUCUGUAAGAGACCUGAUGAUGAGGUACAACACAGGCAGAAAAACCACCAAAAACAAGAAGAAACUGGAAAAAGCGAUGAAAGUCCUUAAGAAACACAAGAAAAAGAAGAAGCCUGAGGUCUUUAAUUUUUCUGCGAUUCACCUCAUUCACGAUCCUCAAGAUUUUUCAGAGAAGCUCCUAAAGCAGCUGGAAAGCUCCAAGGAGCGCUUUGAGGUGAAAAUCAUGAUGAUGGAGCUCAUAUCUCGUCUGGUUGGGAUCCAUGAGCUCUUCCUCUUCAAUUUCUUCCCCUUCAUCCAGCGGUUUCUCCAGCCGCAUCAGAGAGAGGUCACCAAGAUCCUGCUGUGUGCUGCCCAGGCUUCACACCAGCUGGUUCCUCCUGAGAUCAUCCAACCUGUGAUCAUGACCAUCGCCAACAACUUUGUGACAGACAGGAACUCCGGAGAGGUCAUGACUGUCGGCAUCAACGCCAUCAAAGAGGUGGCCGCCCGCUGCCCGCUUGCAAUCAGUGAAGAUCUGCUGCAGGACUUGGCCCAAUACAAGACCCAUAAAGACAAGAAUGUUAUGAUGUCUGCCAAAGGACUGAUUCAUCUGUUCAGAAAUCUCAAUCCACAGUUGCUGCACAAAAAGGACAGGGGGAGACCCACUGAAGCAUCAACCGAGGCCAAAAUAAAAGACUAUGGAGAGCUUGAGGCCAAAGAUUACAUUCCUGGAGCUGAGAUCCUAGAGGUGGAGGAGGAGAAAAAAGAGGAAGAUGAGGAUGAAGAUGGUUGGGAGAGUGCGAGCAUCAGUGAUGACGGUGAGGACGGGGAAUGGGUCGACGUUCACCACUCAUCUGAUGAAGACGUAGGCGAAGUGGCUGAGAAGCUCCAGAGUAUACCGGCCGAGGAGAGGAAAGUGAAGGCAGCGGCAGUCAGCGCCAGCCGGCUCCUCACUCAAGAUGACUUCAAGAAAAUCCGCCUGGCCCAAAUGGCGAAGGAGGUGAACGCCGCUCCGGGGAAAGCCCUGAAGAGGAAAUUAGAGGAAAGCGACAGUGAAGAAGACAAUGGGGAGCUGCUGACACUUCGAGACAUCGAGAGACUACAUAAGAAACCAAAAUCAGACAAGGAAACUCGACUUGCAACGGCAAUGGCUGGACGAACGGAUCGGAAAGAAUUUGUGAAGAAGCAUACCAAGCUGAACCCGCACGCCAGCACCAGCAACAAGGAAAAGAGAAGAACAAAGAACUUCAUGAUGAUGAGACACAGUCAGAACAUCAGAACAAAAGGCAAACGCUCCUUCAGAGAGAAACAGCUUGCGCUUAAAGCUUCCCUCCUGAAGAAGAAGAAGCACAAGUAGGAGUAUGAGGUUCUCAUAUUGGGUCUGACAGCCACCAC